AUGUUUCAACUCGAAGUGUUGGAUCUCGCAAAGUUUGAAAAUUUUUUAAGAAGUGUCAUCCCACAACAUGCCCUUCGAUUUAUUGAAUAUUUUGCUCCAUCAUUAAAUAUGUGGAAACCAAUUGAACAAUUCGAAGCUGUGCAAACUGUUUCAAUUGAAUCAGCUGUCGAUCCACUUGUUUCAAUUGUCCCCAAUGUGAAAGAAAUGGUUGCUAAAGCCAAACAAAAAUGUGAUACACCAAAGGAUGGUUUAACACCAGAUGAAUCAGCUUCAAUUAUGCUUUAUUCAAUGGAAUGGGAACCAAGAGAAAAUUCCUUCUAUGUUAUUCUUAACAAUUCUCUACGAGCCGAAGAUUCAGAAAAAAUAAAACCAUGGGAACUUUAUAUCAAAUUAUUUGUUGCAUCAUUGGAAAAAUUACCGACAAUAUCUAAAACGAUUUAUCGCGGUGUAAAACGGGAUUUAAGGGCUCAAUAUCCCCAAGGAAAAAUAUUUGCUUGGCCGGCAUUUUCAUCCUGCACAAGAUCAAUCCAUGUUCUUCAAUCGGAACAAUUUUUAGGAAAAACAGGCACAAGAACUUUAUUUAAUAUUGAUUGUAGCUCUGGAAAAGAUAUUCAACAACAUUCAUUCUUUCCAACAGAAGAUGAGGUGUUGCUUAUUGCUGCUCGAAAAUUUCAAGUUGUCUCAUGUCUUGAUUCGGGCAAUGAUCUUUUUAUUAUUCAGCUGAAAGAAGUGGAUCCAGAUACUCCUCUUCUCGGAACUUCAAGGGGUGGCAAUGCAGCGGCUUCAUCGAAUUCUGGUGAAGAGUCAACACCUGCACGUCAUGAUUCGUCUGCUGCUCAACAUCAGGAUCAAUCUAAGAUACCAUUUCUAUCUCGAGUUCAACUUCCAUCAAUGUCUUCUAAUCCGCUUAAUUUUCUACGUUGA